GGGCCGGCCCCGCCCCUCAGGCCGGCCCCACCCCUCUCGGCCAUCAAGUCGCUCUCACAGUGACUUGGCGGGGCGCGGCGCGAAGCGGGCGCUGCGGGUGAGUCCCACUUCCCGAUAGCCGGGCUCGGCCAGCGACUGGGCGGGGAGGUGGAGGAUGGCAGUGAGCUUAUCGGCCAUUACCCUCUGUCUUGCUAGCGCCAGCAGCCCUGUGGCGGCGACCACGAUGGACCGGGAGCCAGUGGGCCGUGUGGAAGGAGAAGAAGUCUCAGCGUCGGGAGCGGCGGCCGCUGCGCCAUUCAGGGAACCGGCGCGGCAGAUGAGUAACGAGAGAGGCUUUGACAAUGUAGAACUGGGAGUCAUAGGAAAAAAGAAGAAAGUCCCAAGGAGAGUCAUCCACUUUGUUAGUGGUGAAACAAUGGAAGAAUACAGCACAGAUGAAGAUGAAGUAGAUGGCCUGGAGAAGAAAGAUGUUUUGCCAACUGUUGAUCCGACAAAACUUACCUGGGGUCCCUAUUUAUGGUUUUACAUGCUUCGGGCUGCCACAUCAACCCUCUCAGUGUGUGACUUUCUUGGAGAGAAAAUUGCAUCUGUUUUGGGCAUCAGCACCCCAAAGUACCAGUAUGCCAUUGAUGAGUAUUACCGGAUGAAGAAGGAGGAAGAAGAGGAGGAGGAAGAAAACAGGAUGUCUGAAGAAGCAGAAAGACAAUACCAGCAGAAUAAACGACAGACCGAUUCCAUUGUUCAGACAGAUCAACCAGAAACAGUGGUAUCGAGUUCAUUUGUGAAUCUCAAUUUUGAAAUGGAGGGAGACACUGAAGUAAUUAUGGAAAGCAAACAAAAUCCAGUCUCUGUCCCACCGUAGAAUGAAAUGACUAUCAAACUUCAAACACUAAGGUUUCUUUUUUUUUUAUAUACCAAGAACUUUCAUAUUCUCUAUUCAGUGGAACUUAAUACAGUUAUUUAUGUUCUAAAUUAUUAUCUGGAAAGGGAAAA